GGAUACCUUUGGGGCAGUCAUACAGGCCCAUUACUAGAUGUAAUUUCUUCGCAACAAAAUUCACAAUCUACGAAUAAAAGACCAUAUUAUGAUUUAAUUAUCUUAUCUGAUUUAAUAUUUAAUCAUUCUCAACAUUCUGCAUUAUUGAAGACAUGUGAAGAAUGUUUAAUUGAAAAUGGACAAGUACUUGUGUUUUUUACACAUCAUCGGCCAUGGCUUGCAUACAAAGAUAUGGAAUUUUUUGAGAAAGCGGAAGCAGAUGGUUUGUUUAAAGUCGAAAAAAUCUUGGAAACACUAAUGAAACCAAUGUUUGAGAAGGAUAGAGGAAGUGAUAUUGUUAGGGCAACUGUUCAUGGAUAUAGGAUGACAC